GCCCACUUUCUUCACCUAGCAACAGCACGUUCACGAACGGGGAAGUUUACGACGUCACGUGCUACCUCAUGGGACCGUGCGUCUCGGCCUAAUAAAUUUAAAACACCGUGAUUCGCCAUUAAGUCUUUGAUCAUUAACAUCAAUUUCACAUAGAGAAACGGUGAGCUCAGUUAGUUCUAAUGAAAAUGCAAACAUAAUUAGGCGUUUACGGUGUAAACGAAAGGUGGGUGGAGGAACUACGGAUACCUAGAAGAUUCUUUCUGGUAGAAGCCCUGAUGUCACUGUUGUUAUAGUAACCUGGUCACGUGUUGCAGAGAUCGGAGGAAAUGACUACUGUUAGGCGCAUUGUGAUAGCUAUACCAGGACAUGAACAUUACAUCCACAUGGGUCGUGUUUCCUCUUGAUUGGUCAUCAUUUCACUAUCCCACAGUCCUGCACCUGUCCCUGUGCAUUUAGCUUCUUUGACAGUCUCAAAGGGUGUGAACCUUGCACUGUGGAUCUGCAGCCUAAAGUAUUUAGCACCUGUUUCUUCAACAAAUUGUGUGCAGAUGAAGAGGGAAGAGGGCGAGGUCCCUGAGACAGGGGGGGCCUAUGUUGAAGACCUGCCAGUCUCUAAAGGAAAGCCAGUAACAAGAAGCAAGGAAGAAGCUGUUCCUUCAACGGCCACAGUGACCAAAUCCAAGGUUAAGUGUGAGUUGCAGAUCACAGAAGAUUUGGAUGAGUUUGCAGAUGUAGGCCAAAAGAAAAACAAUGAACCAGAAGAAAUUCCUCAGCCCCCUGUCCCUAAAGUAAUUAAGAGGACUGUCACAGAACCUAAACCAGCUCCCAAAAGCACACCAGUCAAGAAAAAGUUGGAACCCAAAAGUGUUGGUCCAAUGAAGGAAGAGGAGUCUGCUUUCUGGAAUGGAAUUACACUAAACAGGUGUCUAGUUAUAGCUGCCUUUGCUGCCCUAAUAAGUGUGGGAUUCCAGGUUCUGCAAGAAGUAGGCGACGAUGAUGAAUCGACUGACCUAGAAAAUGAACCUUGGACACCAUCUGAUCCAAACGACCAGCUGUCAGAUCCAUGGUUUUUUGAAGGAUGGUUUGGAUCAUCUGAAGAAGGAAAUAAAGAUGUUUCUAAAGCAGAUUUGCCAGAGGUAGAAUUGCCUGAGGAGGAAACGGAUGAGCCUGCUGAAGAUGAGAUGACUUCUUUAGAGGAAACUCCGGUGGAUGAGGAGGAAGAGGAGUUAGAAGUGGAUGCAGAGGUGGAGGAGAAUGUAGAUAAGGUGAAAGAGAAUGUAGAUAAGGUGAAAGAAAGUGAGCAAUGGGGUUUAAAGGACAAAAGCAAAUACAUGGAAGCAAAAGCAGUCAAAAUCCGUAGGGCGUCAGAAGAAGGUUCCCAUAAAAAAGAAUUGUUUCCCUUCAUGAAAAAACCAAAGGAGCCAAGCAAGUAUAAGGAGAAACCAUACAAAGGGGGAGGAUAUCCACGUGAACAUAAAUAUGAACAAUAUAAAAAGCAGGAUGAAGGCAAGCAAUACAAGAAAGACAAAGAGGAGCAGAAAAAAAAUUUCAGACAGGAUGAAAAGGAGAGGUACAAGGGCUGGAAAGGGGACAAGGAGAAGGGAUGGAAAGCUGACAAGGAGAAGGGAUGGAAGGGCGACAAGGAGAAGGGAUACAAACACUACCAGUAUGAUGGUAGAAGGCAUGGAUAAUAAACCCGAUGGUUUCACACCUAUUGCCACGGCAGAGUUUGCUGGUGUACCAUUUGAUGCUACUUUAGAGUUCUAAAGAAUACAAAACUGUACUUCCACACUGCCACAAAGUUGGUCUGCCGAAAAGUGUCUUUUUCUUCAUUUUAGGAACUAUCACCAUAUUUGUUUCCAAAUUUAAAAAUCAGAUACUUUAAAGUUUGUUUUAUUUUUUGUUAAGUACAUAGCACAUGGAAAUGUUUAUUUUUUCUCCCUUAAAUUAUUACUGUACAAAUAAACAAUGCCACAGAUUUUAAAAUUC